CUGUCAAUCAUGGCGGAUAACACAUCAUCCGUUACUAUUUCUGGUGCUGCUCUUUCUUAUUUAAUUUAUGAAAAUGUCAAAACUGUUAGUGAUCAGAUGGGAUUUUUGGUUGGUGAAGUCUUGACGUAUGUUACCAAAAAAGUAACUGAUACAGACAGACAAGUCGAUUCCACAGAACUGCAUAUCAUUGGAAAAAUUGAUGAGGGAAAAUUGAAGGAGUUUGUUAAUGGCAGAGAGAAGGAAAUUGUUGGAUGGUAUCGUUUUAGAUUAAAUAGCUCGCUGUUUCCUACUUUGAGGGACAAAGUAUUACAUAAACAAUUCGAGAAUAUAUUUUGUGAUGAUGAUAAUGAUAAGCAGCAUUUUAUUGCUGGCAUGCUGGGUUACAAUGUCACUGAAAAGAAAAAUACUCAUAAGUUUAGAUUGGAAUCAUCAUCCAGUCCAACUGAAAAUUAAUAAUUUGGGAGCAGAUGCAUCAAGAUUUGACGGAUCUGAUUAUAAACCAACACCUAUCAAGCGUGUUGAUGCUGUAAAAGAUCAUUUUUCUAGAUUAGUUGAUAAAUUGCAGAUUGAUUUCGCGAGAACUCCAGCGUACGACUCUAUAGUCACAAUAUCCAAAGCAGCGGAGCGUCAUCUCGAGAAUCUAGUUGCCGCAGUAUUACAAUCAGAUCGUGAGUUGCUCGAGCUAGAAAAUGAAAUCAAGGAGCUGCAAAGAGAAAUCGAAAGUACCCGAUUGCAGAACACAGAGCCAAUGCGCAUUGAUAAUUACCCAAGCGGUGAACCAGCGGAGAUGAUAAAGAAGGGCUUGGAAGACUCCAGCGGUAAAUCUUAUCAAUUUUCCAGCGAGGUAACUGUUACUAAAGUGCAGAAUAAGAGACCCAAGGAAAGUCAGCUUUUAAGUCCUUCAGUAUCAUUAAAUAUUAAUAAUAAGUGUUUAAAUAAUGAGAAUUUAAAAAAAUCUCAGUCUCAGUCUCCAGUUCCACAAUCUUACAGUAGUGUGGCUAAAAAGUCCUUUGAUAAAUCAGACUGA